AUGGGAGGCAGUUGGGUCGAUGAACUCCCUAGCGUGCUGUGGGCGCUCUGCAUGACUCCUAAGGAAGGGACCAGGGCAACUCCUUUCCACCUAGUGUAUGACAACGAAGCAGUGAUCCCCGUCGAAGUCAGAGUUGAGUCCGAUCGGCUACAACACUACCAUGAAGAUAACGUCGAGCGGAGGCUGCUAGAGCUGGACUUGGUGGAUGAAUCACAUGUUAAAGCCGCCGUCCGAUUGAUGGCCUACCACCAGAGAAUGAAGCAAAACUACAAUCGGAGGGUGAUCCCAAGGUCGUUCAAGGUCGGCGAUUUGGUAUGGAAGAAAAUAAAGUCGAUCGGUGAUGUCACUAAGCUAGAGGCCCCCUGGGCCGGACCCUUCAAGGUUGUGGAGAAACUCCGAUCAGGGGCCUACUACUUGGAGGAUGAGGACGGACGAUGA